AUGUCGGACCAGAACUAUGUCUUCAGUGGCCGUCAUUCCGUGGCCGACUACUUCGAUCCCGAUAAGAAUCCCCCUCUCCCUUUGGUCGAGAUUCCAGAUCGGCUGAAUCCCUUCCGGAAAGAUGGCGUCAGGAUCUAUGCAAAGAUGCUCACUUGCCUGCCGGCGCAGAACGUCAAGUCUCUGCCUGUUUUUGUAGCCCUGAAGAUGCUACGAAACAGGCCUGAUGCCCACGACAAGAAGAUUGUCGAAGCGAGCUCGGGGUCGACGGUGCUGUCUCUUGGCAUCCUAGCCCGGGUUCUCUGGGGGAACGAAGACGUCGACGCCUACGUGACGAAUAAGAAGCCGCCAGAGUCGUUGAACAUGCUUCGCUUCUUUGGCAUCCGACCGUGUCUCUAUGGAGGUCUCGCCCAGCAGGAGCCCACAGAUCCUACGGGCAUCAUGUGCAGGUUGCGGAGAAAAGCCGCACAAAAUGAGGACGUGGUAUACCCUGGGCAGUAUGACAACCCGAACAACUGGAAAGCCCACGAGGAGUGGACGGGGCCCCAGAUUUUUAAACAGCUGCCUCAGAUCAACAUCUUUUGCUCGACGGUUGGCACUGGAGGUGCAAUAACAGGGACAGGCGUGUAUCUGAAGUCACAGAAGCCGGCAGUCAAGGUCGUCGGCAUCUUCAACAAGUUCGGAGACCCCACGCCGGGCCCGAGGCAUUUCCACGGCUUCCAUACCUCCGGCUUUCCGUGGCAAGGCACUGUCGACUCUCGGAUUGAGGUUUCGUCUGUUGACUCGUACCGCAUGUCUAUGCGUCUCUCGAGAGAGGGACUCAUUGCCGGCCCGUCGUCCGGAGAAGCGCUCUACGGCCUCCUCGAGUACAUCUCAAACCUCGAGAAGGCGGAGGGGCUGGAUCAGCUGAGGGAUGAGACGACCGGAGACAUCUCAUGCGUUUUCACAUGCAGCGAUCUACCAUACCAGUACCUGCCUGUCUACUUCCAGAAGCUUGGGGCAGAAGAGUUCCCCCGGAUCGAAAACGAGAUCCUUUUGCAAUGUGACCAGAACAGACACGACGAGAGAUGGGUCUUGGACGCCCGGAAAGCUGCGACUAUUCUGUUUGGCACCGGAGAACUGGGGUCGCGCCAGAAGGCAGUGUCAAAGACCGCCAGCAAGGACUGCGAUCUGGGCAAGCUCUCUCCGGCCCAGAAGCCAUCGACGAGCCGCUCCUGGAUAUCGUACCUCUUGCAUCUUUUGUUCUCACAGACGCCUCACUCUGAAUCUGACUGUUGCCCCAGCCACUUUCGAGGCAGCGUCUUACCAUCAGUCCUGGUCUUGGAUUUGCGCAGUCAAGCUGACUUCGAGGCGCUACACCUUCCAGGCUCCCACUCUGUGCCUUUGGAAGGUCUUACAUCCAGCCUGGCUGACGGGGAUCUCUUCGGAGAUGCCAAAUCUGUUCACAUGGUAUGGACGCAGAUUCAGAAAAGGUUCGACGAGCCGCGUGUGGCCCGACGGCUGCUGAGCGCGCGAGACAACCACCAUACUGUCAUGCUGGUGUGCUAUAAUGGCGACGCAAGCAAGCUGGCGUCUUCAACACUCCGGGCUAAGGACUAUGAAGCAUUCAGCGUCGAGGGUGGUAUCGAGGCACUCUGGGCUGAGGUUCAAGGUCGGGGGCUUGUCUGA